CUCACAGCAGAGACUAAGUUUCCUGUCAAAUCAUAUCGAAUUGAUUGUGCAGUCAAGGAUAUGAUAGACUUAAAUGAAUUUUAUCAACAAUGUCAAAAAAAUAUAAUUGAAAUUAUAAAGCAUUGUAUGAUAGAUUAUCGAGCCAUAAAAUUUAAUUUGAGUGUAUAUGGUACAUAUGUAAAACAAAGAGAUGACGGAGAGACAGUUAGCACAAUAAAGCAUUUUAGAACUGCAUACAAAUCUUUAUACAUUUAUGAAGAUAUUGUAAAUGAGCUGAAUUCUGCAAUAGAAUGUUUACUAACAUUGAGCAGUGAAUUCCAAGAAAAAGACUCUGGCUGGGCUAUUCAAAAUUUUGACUAUUUUGAAACCACCAUUAUAAAACUCGAAAAUAUUCCUGCUAGCGGUUACAUACAGGCUCCUAAAAAAAUAAGAGCCCGAAAUGCGCUUAUAAACGUUCAGAAUACUGACGUAUUUUGUUUUAAGUGGUGCAUACUAGCAUCCAUAGCAAAUAAAGCCCAUGAGAAUGCUAGUUUCUCAACACCACAACAAAGGAAAUAUUCAAGAGAAAAAAUGACAAAACCAAAAAACUACAACAUUAACAUCAAUGAUGAAAUUAUUAUAUAUGACGGAAUAACGUUGAAUUUUUCGGGAAUUAUAUUUCCAAUCGAUAAACUUGGUGUACGACAUUUUGAGAAAAAUAAUGCGGACUUCAGCAUAAACAUUUAUGAAAUUGAUGAAGCUGGCGAAAAAAUUAUUGGACCAACUGUUCAAACAAAAGAAAGAAGACCAAACCACAUAAAUAUUUUGGGUAUCGAUAAUAUACACCAAAAUAUGAUGCACUACGCCUAUAUAACAAAUGUGUUUACAUUAUGUUCAUCACAAUUUUCCAAAGCCAAAUCGGGAGGAUACUUUUGUGAAAAUUGUCUUCAGUGUUAUCACGUUAAAAACACUACACACAACAAAUUUGAAUGCGGAAAAGUGGCGUCGUUUUAUCCAGAGCCUAACACAAAAACGUCGUUUAAAGGAUACCACAAGAAAUUAUCUCCUCCGGUGGUGAUAUAUGCCGAUAUUGAGGCUGUUCUGGAAAGUUACAGAACAUGCCUAAAUUCACCAUCAUCUUCGUCAACAACAAAAGUACAGAAGCAUACUGCCUGUGCAGUAUCAUUUUAUGUUGUACACAAAUAUAAUCCUAGUCAAAACGACUUGUGGACAUACGACGGUGAUGAUUGCAUGCAAAAAUUUUGUACAGCUCUGAAACAAAAAACUUCGAGUCUGUACAACAUAUAUUGGUCAACCCCCAAGAAACCGAGUGUCAGCCCCAUAGAUGUUCGCGCCCAAGAAGGUAAUUGCACCGCCUGUGUGAUGGAAAUAAAUGCGGGCGAUCUGGAUAAAUGCUACAACCAAUUUACUGGACAAUACGUAGGUCCUAUUCAUAAGAAUUGUAAGCCUAAGUACAAGUUAAGUGAUCCAUUCUUCCCAGUAGUUUUCACAACUUAUCGAAAUACGAUCUACAUUUGUUCAUUACAAAACUAGAGGGGGAAU